AUGGCACAAUCCGACUCAUCUUCUUCGCGGUGGGUGUACACAUGUAUCUCCGUGUGGUUCGCUAUCACUGCACCAAUAAUGAUCAUGGACGCGCUCUACUGCCUGCUUCGACCUCGGACAAUGAUUGGGGGUGAUCUUCAUUGGGCCUUUGGGCUGUACGAGGUGUACCAGGAAGUUGAUUAUGUGUACGGAGUAAAGGCGUUCGAAAAUGGAGAAGGGUUCGCUGACGCUGCAGCAAUUCUUAAUUUGCUCGAGAUAUUCGCCAAUCUCCUCUACCUCCUUACGACCCAUGUUCUCCCCCAUCCAUGUUCUCCCCUUCUGGGCUACUCCAGCGCCCUCAUGACCCUCUCAAAAACAAUCCUCUAUGUCACCCAAGAGUACUUCUGCGGCUGGUGCGCAACAGGCCAUAACACGCUGUUGAAAGCAGCCUUCUUCUGGUACAUGCCAAAUUGCGUGUGGAUACUCCUCUCUUCCCUCACAAUCUAUGUGCUCGGAAGAGACAUCAUCUCCUCAUUGCGCGUAACCUCCCCUUCCACCUCCAUAUCGAGCCCAUCAUCUCGUACACCUGGCGCUAGUAACCACGAAGCGAAACUAAAACUGAACUCCGAGACGGCAAGUCAAACUCAGAGUCAGAGUUGGGUGGGAGCGAGUAGCGGUGCAGGGGGAGGUAGUGCAGGGAAGACGCUGAAGCUCGGAGUUGACGUCGCCAUCAUCGCCUUCGGCGCUGCUGAGUACGACGGGCGGGAUCUCAUCAAUGGAGCCGGUAAAGAAGUCGUUGCUGUUGUCAUCCAAUACCGUCUGGGCGUGUUCGGCGAGAUGACCAGCGCGCUUCUGGGCAAAGCAGGAAAGAAGCUCUUCGAGAAGCAUCUGGAGCAGUAUGCCCCUGCAGACCCGAAAUAUGAGUUCUACGUCGACGAGCACGGCAAGCAGAAGCGUAGAAAGAGAGAACUACCGCCAGGACUCUCUGUGCGGGAUGCCAAGAUCCUCAAGUCAGUGAAGAAUCGAGCGAGUCGGCUCGACAGAGGGUUCAACCUCUGCGGAUUCCGAUUCGGAUACACAUUCUUCAUCGGCCUCGUGCCCGUUGUGGGAGACGUCACGAACAUCGGGCUGAACUAUUUCCUGGUUGUCCGAAAAGCGAAACAGGCAGACCUGCCGGAUUGGCUGGUUCGGCGGAUGCUGUUUAACAACGCGCUCUCCGGGGCGAUCAGCUUCAUCCCGUUCGUGGGGGACGUCCUGCUCGCGAUCGUGAAAGCGAACUCGCGCAAUGCGGCGCUGCUGGAGGAGUUCCUGCGUGUGCGGGGCGAGGAGUUCAUCGCGAUCCGGGUGGAGGGCGGAGACCCGGAUAAGAUCCAGAAAGAGGCGGCGAAAGCGGCGAGGAAGAAGGGGAAGGAGGGCAAGAAGGGGAAGGACGCAGGGCGGUCGGAGGAGAUCGCCCCCGGGGUUACGAAGCACGACGCGGCGCAGGUGCAGCCGGGCGCAGGGCGCGUGCAGGGCGAGACGAUCGGGGGAAAUGGUCAUUAG